AUGGACGCCCAAGAGACCCUCGCUGAGAAGGGGAACGCGAAGGAGAAGAAAGCAACAAAGAACAGCAAGAAGAGGCGGCUGGAGAGCCUCGAAGACUGCACCAGCAACGAGAAGACGGUCACUGAAGGCUGUGCAGAGAUGAAACAUCGCGCCAAAAGAAGCAAGGGAGGAGAUAAGAGCCGCACGAAAAAAGCGGAUCGUGGGAAAGAGAUUUCGAAACACAAUAAGAAGGUGGAUGUCGUUGAAGGGAUUACGGAACACAAAAAUCAGAGGGAGGGGAAUGACAUCAAAGACAAGAAAAUGAUGAGCGUGGAGUGUUUUCAUCCGAUUAUGGAUCGCACCAAGAAGAGGAAGAGGCAGAACAAGGACGACGACGAGAAACAGAACAAGAGGAAGAAACAGGACACGGAGGAGACGGAAAACCAGGACAAGAAAAGGAAGAGGCAGGUUAAUGACGACGGCGAGAAGCAGAACAAGAAGAGGCAGAGGCAGGUUAAGGACGACGACGAGAAGCAGGACAAGAAGAGGAAGAGGCUAGGCACGGAGGACGACGAGAAGCAGGACAAGAAGAGGAAGAGGCAGGUUAAGGACGAUGACACGAAGCAGGACAAGAAGAGGAAGAGGCAGGACGUGGAGAACGACGAGAAGCAGGCAAAGAAGAGCAGGGGGGAGGGUAGGAGAAAACGAAAGAAGGGGGGGAAGAUGGAGUGCUGUCAAUGUGUUAAGCACGGCAUCAAGAGAUGGAAGAUGAGAGGGUGGUACAAAGACGACGUGGUGAGGCGGAUGGUGGAUGCCAAGAGAGUCAGCAAGGAGAGGAACGUGAGCAGGUGGUGCCGUCUUAAUAUUUGGAAAAAAAACAUGGUCUAUGCGACCGUGCGCGGCCAUGCGUGCAUUGUCGAGCUUGACAGCGGCUCUUCAUGCAGCCUAAUUAGGCUGCCACUGGCCCGGAGGCUGGGAAUCGUCACGGGCAAACAAGAGACGGUGAAGAAAUACUUGUUUACCUGGGCUGGCAUGCUGGAGCUGGACGUGAUCGAGCUGGACGAGGUAGUGGUGGUGCUGCAGCGCUACGUGGCGGUCAACACGCGCAUGACGGUCAUUGUACGGGUGGAUGUGAGGAUGAACUCCUUCGCCCGAAUAGUUAUGUCCAUGAGCCGCCUGCAGGAGGCCGAGGUGCGGCAGGAGUUCCAUCCCGACGACAGCAGCAUCCUGUUCCUGCGUCAUCCAAAACGUCUGCGGCAGAGACAACAUUCGGAGACACAAGGCAAAACGUUCAUGUUUACCGCAUGA